AGAUGGAAAAUUACGGCGCAAGGUUGACACGAUCAUGAUGUCGUACAAUUUUCAUUAGGACACAACGAGUUCACAACCCUUACAGGUCAACGAGAUUCUAAUGCCUGCUUUCAUGUUGACACCAGAAGAACAUCUCUAUGCUCUUGACUGGAAUAACAACAUAACGGUUGCAAUCAUCACCCUGAUAUCCUACGACUACAUGCUUCAGUUCGAGAAAGAGGUCACGUUUGUUUGGCAAAGGCAGUGGUCAGUGAUGAUAUAUCUAUACCUUGUUGUCCGAUAUUUUGGUAUUGUCCUUGCAAUGAUUUGCGCCAUCUGGGGAGGUCUAUUUUAUAUACCUGAAGCAGUGAGUUAUAAUAUGUUCGUGUUCAUGCAAUGGGGUUUUUCUGUAUAUUUUUGCUUGGCGGAAGUCAUCCUCAUCUGGCGUCUUUACGCCCUACAUAACCAAUCAAAGCUCAUACUUUAUGUUCUACUGGGGUUACUCCUACCUAUCGUCGCGCUCUAUAUAGCAGUGGAUGUAUUUCUGUGGAGCCGGUCUUCGGCGGUCUCAGUGCAAGAGAUCAUAAUAACUCCAAAUAUCAAGUACUGCACGACUUUCUUCCACAUCGGACCUAUGCAUGUGAUCUAUGCCUCCAUCCCCGUCAUAUGCUAUGAUAUUUUCUUGGUUGUUCUCGCCAUUGCCAUCCUCAGGAAGCACCUGAAAGAACGAAAGGGAUUUGAAAUGAAGCCUAACACCUACGUAGUGAUGAUCGUCCGACAUCAUGUCAUAUACUUUGUCCUGAAUUUGGCAACUCAAAUAUUCAUGGCGACAUUGUGGGCCCACCCUUCGACGGUGGUGCUGUAUCUGAUACUGUUGUUCAAGCUUACCGCACCGUUUAUUAUCGUGCCACGUCUCAUCAUCAGCAUUUGGGAUACGCAUGCCAAUGACAACUGCGUACAUCUUAGUACGAUGUUCGAGGAUUGUGUAUGUUUGACUUCGCCACCGGAAUUGGAGCAGCCCGAGGAUUGACUCUUGCGUAUGAUAUCCCAAACUGAAGAAGGAAGUAGCAUAAGGUCCAUACUCGCCCCUGACUAGCGUACACCUCAAAAACCUAUUCAACUAAAUGGUUGUCUCUAGAGUUGAUGGAAUU